GGAUUGGCAUCCAGUUUAUAUCAGCAGAACAAGCCAUGAGGCAGAAGAUGCAUCUUCGUUUGUAUUCUUAAGGAUUCAAAUCAAAUACCUAGAGAUUCCGAGCUCUUACGAACCCACGAACCAAAGCGUGCGCUAUAUACUAAUGUUACUACUUUGGGAUCCGAACACAAACACCAUUCUUGGUCAUCCUUGGCGGAAAUGCAACAUCCCUGUGCAUGGAAAUGGUAAAAAUGCUUAUAGAGCAAUUGUGGACGAGACGUUAUACCUCUGUACUUCCAGGCAGGAUGCCCAGAUAUUGUUCAGCUUAGUACAAAAAAACCAUUCGAGUUCUAAGGAGAUAGGCUGGGUUAAAUGCACUGUUGCUGAUUGCAGUGACAAGGCAACAAAUUACCCCCAAGCAUACAGUAUAAAUCCGGGAUCCGUAAGGGCAGUUUUCGUUGAAAAGAAUACGUCCGCGUUACCAACCUAUACCGCCUUACAAUUACCUCGAAUUCAUGUACAGAUUGGAGCCGAUUCAAAUCUAAAAAACGUCAAGGAAUUCUUCCCAGCGAAUGUUUUCAUUUCUUCUGCGGAACAAUGCGUAGGCAUUGAAUUUAACCAAGGAAUGCUACGUGGAGUUUGCCAACCAUGCACGAAGGUGUACUUCGAUAGACUUCGAUUAAAAAUACCAUUGGUUGAGUUGACAAGUUUUGAAAAUGAUUUCAUUGAUCGAGUGCAUGCAGAUCUUUGGGCACAAAGGAAAGGAGAAUUUCAAGAGCCGAAUAAUUUUAUUGAAAUUGCCGAAAGAAGGCUUAAAGUGUUUUUCCACAAUCGUUUCAAAGUACUUGAACCUGUUCCGGUUGUGUACUUGGAUUUGUAUACCGGCGUAUCUUCAGAGGAUAUUCAACAUUGGCAGCGCGUUUCCAUGCAAUGGGCAAGGAACGAAAGUAGUGUCAGAGCCGGUCCAAGGGGCGAAGUACAAUCGGCUGAAAUGGCUCUAAUUGCAAGAAAUCCCGUAGAGCUCUCCGUGCCCGUAAGCCCGGGAGGAGCAGUUAUUUUUGUGUUGGAAUACCUUAUAGCCAAACGAAGAGACGUAGGACCGGACAAGCUCGCCAGUGUGUUACCCCCCGAAAAUUCCAGAUUUACUGUUCGAUGGGGCGCAUAUUGCAUACAUGAUACUUUAAAGACACUGGAGUGGGAUGAGGAAACAGUAGAGCUUAGCGUUGACCUUCAAGGAACUAAAGAUGAUGGUUUUCAGUCUCAGAUGUGGAACCUAUAUAGUGAGUCGGAUGAUUCGUCCAACAUGCAGUUGCAUGACACCUCGAUGGGCCAUAGUAUCUGUCCGGAUGGAACACUUUGCUAUCGCGAGGGAGGUAAAUCUGAGACUAUAUUCGAACUGACUGGCAGAAUGACUGUCGGCCGCAUUCCACAUUCGGAUUUGAUUCAGGAAAGAAAAGAGCAAGCUCAAGUGUCUACAGAGAUGCGUGCAAUCACAGAAAGCCAAAAACGUCCACUGCGAAAGAAACGAACCAGUACUCCAAUGAAACUAGAUGUCAAUUUGAAACGAUCAGCCAAGGGAAUGUCGAAAGAAUCCCAUACGAGUGUCUCGCAGCUUGCCGCAUGUACUCAACUUUUACAGCAAGUCUUGAAUGCUCAGUCACUGAAUAUUCCGCAUACCACCGCGUUAACUGGAGAUCUAGCAAUGCAGGUACAAGUGAAAGACUCACUGUCCCCGGUCUACGAAGCCAUCCAGCCUGCAUCAAAUUCUCUACUUGCGUUGUCCAGCCAAAAUGCCCGCAUCAUCUUACCCGCUGCUACACAAGGCCAAGGUGGAUUGGGUAGCUCACAAGUAGCACAUGCCAUACUUCACGCCACCGCCUUUCCUCAAGUGAAAACGGAGAGUGGGGAGACUCCGUAUACAGUUAACCUACAAAACGAUCCUGACCCAGUGAAUGUUUUCGACUAUGAAAAGGAAGCAAGUGAUGUUCUGUGUGCGAAUGAAGUUGUGAUACAAUUUUUGGCUUUCUCAACUUUCCGAAGCUCAGCAUUUCACUCGGAUACGAUUAGGACUGAUGAACCGAAAGAAAUCUACUUCACUUCUCAAUUCUAUCGUUUUCCCCCAAUAACCACUGCAAGACUGAAACUCGGUAAAGAGUUCAACAACUGCCCGUACGAAACGGAGAUGUGCUGCAGAAUUUUGGAAAGAAAUGACCAAACGAGUAGUGGAACUGUGCCUGCCGAAGAGGCUGUGAAUGGCCAACAGGCAAGUUCACUGUUAGAUCCCGUUCUCUAA